CCGAACGCAGUGAGCGCCGUGCGACGAACGCACCCGAACGCGAUCUUUAUUCAACACGGUCGGGCCGACAGUCCGGAGGUGACCGCGGGCGGGGCGGCACGUGCUGUGCACGCCUCGCGAUAUUACAGUGUUUAUAUACGCCAUUGUUUUAAUUCAAUCCGUCUACAAUCAAUACGACAUCGGAGUGAAAACACGGCCUAUUUACUGCAUUCACUAGGCUCUAGUGCGAAUCCAGUGACAGUAAAUUUUGUCUAUAAGUAGAAUAGAUGCAGGACAGUAUUGACAAGUGAAACUCUAUCGUACAAUUUCAUCCGAGGAAGGGUUUUGUUUGUGACAUUGUUAUUUGACUAUAAAAGUGUUAGUGAUCUCUGUUGUAUGGAAAGCAUGCAAAUCAAUAAUCGAGUGGAUGCCCAGCUCUGAGUAUACGAGAGCUCUUACGGUGCGGUGUAUUAUACGGUUGCAUAUUGAUUGGUUCUGUACCGGGAUCACUGGAACUUGUCAUCCAAUUAACGAUCAAACCUAAUCGGAGUUAAGGCAUUGGUACUAAGAGUGUUGAAGACUGAAGACUGGCUUAGAAAGACAUCAAAUUAAAUAUAUUAAAAAAUAGUGACACGAACAUUUCGUGAUGGUGCGCUUGGACGACAGUGUCAGAUAACCGCCGCGCGGUUACGAAGUAUGGGUGCUAACAUGGGCAAGAACUCGAGCCUGCUCGACGCGCUACCUACUGCGCAGGGCACGCUGCACGUGGUCAUGCUAGGGCUGGACUCUGCUGGCAAGACCACUGCACUUUAUCGGCUCAAAUUUGACCAGUACCUCAACACCGUCCCCACCAUUGGGUUCAACUGCGAAAAAGUCAAAGGCACUCUUGGCAAGUCAAAGGGUGUCAACUUCCUUGUAUGGGAUGUCGGUGGCCAAGAAAAAUUACGGCCUCUAUGGAAAUCCUACACCAGGUGCACAGAUGGCAUCAUAUUUGUUUUAGACUCCGUCGAUGUAGAACGAAUGGAAGAAGCAAAAAUGGAGUUAAUACGCACGGCAAAGUCUCCUGACAAUACGGGUGUGCCGAUUCUUGUACUAGCGAAUAAGCAAGACUUACCCGGGGCAAAGGAACCCCGCGAGUUGGAAAAACUAUUAGGUCUACAUGAGCUGGUGUCGUCGCCGCAUGGGUCGCGCGACGCGCACGCCUGGCACGUGCAGCCGGCUUGUGCUAUCACCGGCGAGGGCCUGCACGAGGGGCUCGAGGCACUCUAUGAGAUGAUACUCAAGAGAAGAAAGCUCGCCAAGCUGCAGAAAAAACGAGUCAGAUAAACUGUUUACUGUUGCGUUCAAGUGUUUGUGACAAGUCGGCCGUGCGCUAAUAACGGUACGGUUCGUGAACGUUAAGUAUUUUAAAAUGCUCACUGUAUGGAUGAUUUUAUAACGUCCGAGAUAGAAACACCAAAUAUUGUUUUACUAUAGAUGUAUAACGUCUUAUGAAAUAUUCCAUCAUCAUGUUGCUCAAGUUAUAUUGAACAUUUUGACGGAAACGAAUAUUAAAGUUAAAUUAACUACUAGUCAUUUUCUUUUGAAAAUAGCUAGGUGGGAGAUAAAGGUAGACUACACUAAUGAUUUAGAUAUGUCCGUUUGAUAUGACCACUACUGGCUUACAUACAUGGUAAAUUAUAGCUUGUACAAGGCCACUUGUUCUGCGGUCAGCCUAAAUAAGCAAAUCCAACGACGAAAUUUUUAGAUGGUUUUCAUAGUUUGCAAAACGUGGCUCACACACAAUAUUAUGUGGGACCAUUAGUGUUACAGUAUUUAGGUAACUUUGGUGUGUGAUGGAGAGACGGGCAUUUGGAGGAUAAUAUGUAACUUUCAUCUUAAUAAUUAGUACCUAAUAUCUGUGCAAACUCACUAGAUUAUUCUUCUGAAUGUCAUACUAUACUAUUAUAUCAUGUGUGAAUUAUCCUUUGUGGUGUUAUCAAUGGUUAAACUUCUUUCUUCUAUCGAAAUAUCUACCUACCUACUGUGUAAUAAUAACAUUUUUUCUAUAAUAAACUGAUUCUCUACGUUUCGUCAAAUGCUACUUACAUGAAAUCUUUAUGUAAGCUUCUAUAUAUCUUUUUAAACGAUAUAUAAGCUCAUUGUGCAUUGAUCCUUCCCCUUGAUUUCGUCCCAAAUUCUUUGCUCUAUUUUUUAUGUGUAGCUAAAUGUAGUAAGUAAAGAAUUCUACGUUUAAUGUGAUGUCAUAUAGGCAUUAUUACAACAUAAUAAUGAAAAGGCUUGUACUGUUAUUAUGUUGGAAGAGCUUCAAGUUUUUGUAAAUAAACAAACGUAUUGUAAAUACUGUAGGGGAAUAUGUCAUACGAAAUAAACAACAUAUAUAUUAUAUAUGUCUUUCAAAAACAAUUGUUUCUAUGUAUCUAAUACUUUUCCGAAUCGCUGUUGGAUUACUCCAUUUGUUUUUGAUACAUCAAAGAGUUCUGUAAAAUUCUUUAGCACUUUUACUUUCUGGAGUGGAUGAGUAUCACUAGUUACUGACAAGAUGUACUCGUAAAUUAAAUAUGUAACGAUAAGGUAACGAUGUAAUUGAAAGACUAUCCUAGGCCAUUGAUCGUGUCGUCAUAGCGUUGAUGAAAAUUUCAAGUCAAAGCUUUAAACUUCUGAUAGACGAAAGUAUUGUCAUCAUUUGUUUGUUUAGUUUUAGUACCUAUUUAUUUAUUUACUCAUAGAUGUAUAACCUAAUGUUAAGACAUAAUAUUGAAUGAAGCUUUUACCAGUUUGUGUUAGGUACCCAUUUUGUAAAUAUGUAAAUUCCAAGUAGUUAUUUGUCAAUACCAUGAAACCAAACAUUUUUAUGUGUAGAGCGUGUAAAUUUUGUUAUUAAAUAAUAUUUGUUUUAUUGUAUCUAUAUACAUACAUUGCGUAUUAUUGUAUUGUGUUUUAUGGAGAUACAUAUACGUUUUUCAUAUUGAACCCCGUAAAUAAACUGU